GUGCCCCGCGGCCGGAAGUGGCGCGGGCAAGGGAGACGUGUCGGAGCGGCGGGCCCGGAUGUGAACCGGGAUCACCGGGGGCGGGAGCGUGAGUGUGACCCGGGACACCGGGGGUGCCGGAUGAUCACGGACGUGCAGCUCGCCAUCUUCGCCAACAUGCUGGGCGUCUCGCUCUUCCUCCUCGUCGUCCUCUACCACUACGUGGCCGUCAACAACCCCAAGAAGCAGGAGUGAGGAGUCCCGGUGAAGCCCCGAUGGCAGCGCCGCCGCCGCCCGUCCCUCCCUCCCCGGGGCCGCCCCGCCACGCCUCGGCGGGGCCCCGAGAGCAGCGAGGCCGAGCUUCCAGAGCAGCUUUAACAGAAACACGAUGAUCCACCACAAAA